CGCGACAUCUCGGCUGACCCUUCUUUCAGCCAGUUGGCAAUAUGGCGCCUACCCAACAAGAAGGGGUGAUGUUGGCUUCCACGCCGCUGGAGAGUGCUCUACAGAGCCCCACAGGGGCCGCUGGCGUGACCGCAUCGGAUCUGUGCGAAGCCACUUCUUUUAGCAAGCCGUUGGCAUCCUCCACGUCCCCUGCGGACACGUGCUCGCUGCAAAACAAGGCGCGCGCAGAGCCUGUCGACUUCGCUGCCCUGUACCAGCGAUCUUCGCGCGACUCGGAGGUGUUUGCGACGCUACAUACAUUGGGAAAGGAACUAGAGGAGGUCACAUCCGAGCACAGGGUGCAACAGCAAUCUCAGAGCUCGGUAGCGGACAUUACUGCGCUGAGAUUCGCCCCUGACCAGCUACAACAGCUACUGACGACGCAGGAGGCUGGAGGUGCUGAGAACGCAGCAGGAAAAGAGCAGACAUUACAGACCCAUCCACCUAGAGCGGCAGAAGCCAAGGGAAAGCCCAUGCGUCGCUUUCUGGCGUCGUCCGCCACGCCGUUCGUCCUCAUGGCGGCAACUGGCGGAAGACCCGGCGGAUUCACGGACUCGGAUGAGGAAAAUGACGCACAAUACCACAAGGUUCAGCAGCUUCGAUGGGAGGAGAAUAUUAUCUGGGGUAUCGAUUUUAAUGCCGAUGCUAAAGGAGAAAAAGAAGAUGAAGGAAGUGUCGAAGUGGAAGACUCGGUCGGAGGAGUCACACUGGUGCAGGAGGCGAAAACCACAACACAAGGAAAUAGCCGUGGAAAAGGAACAGAGAAGAGUGAUGGUGGACUGCAGACGUACAAGGAGCUACGUGCGGCGAGAGGACAGGAGACUGCUGUGUCGACGUUUAGUGGAGAGAACUUUGACAUGACCAAGCCACGUAAUUACCGUUGGGAGCUGGAAGAUUCAUCAAAGGAGAAGAAACAAGAAGAGAAGGCUGAGGAAAAUGAGCCGCAGGCGCUCCCCUGUCCGCUGAAUAAGGAGCUACAGGAUGACUCAUGGGUGGCUGCAAUUGGAUGGAAAUCGACGCAGGACAUGCCCGAGAGUAAGCUAGUGCUGGAUGAUAACGAUGCGUCGCUUAUCUACUCUGUCCCGGAGAUGGAGGACGUGCGUCCAACGUUGCGUAUUCCUGAACGGAAGCUGGGAGCUGCUGAGCAGCGCCUGGCACAGCUGGACAAGCAGCGCAUUGAGAAGAAACAGCGUAUCGACGAGGUAAUGGGCAACCUUGAGUUUGGUGAGGAGACUGCUGAAGGCCGACUGGGUACUGAAGGUAGCGGCAAAAAAUCGAAGGACACGCGUGUGGUGAAGAACAUUGGUUAUGUGCACCAUUCACUACCAGCUAUGAAGCUUUCGCUCACGAAGCCGGAGCUCCCCAAGACCAAACUGCGAGACUUCCACCGACCACGCGGCAAGUUCAAAAUUAACGAACGGCUCGAGUUCUUGCCACCACCUCCGGGCGCCGCGAAGUUGGCCCCGCAGGAAGAAAGUGCCAUGGUUACACAGAUUAAGAAGAGCUCCGACUUGAAUCCGACUGCUGGCGGCAAGUUGAUUCUCAUUGAGUACACAGAGCAGCACCCACCGAUGUUGUCAAAUCCAGGCAUGGCGUCCCGUAUCCUUCACUACUGGCGGCCACCAGAGGAUACUUCGGCUGGAUUGGGAAUUUUGGGUAAAAAGAAGGCUAGGAAGACACGCCCGAAACCACCAGAUAUGAAGAUGGGCCAAGUCAUUACGCUUGGCGAUCACGAUGAGUCUCCAUUCGUCGGUGAUAUUCCCCCGGGUCGAGUGGUGACGUCACUUAACUCGAAGCUGUACAAGGUGCCAAUUUUCCCGCACAAGCCGACGGUCCCAUUUGCCGCAAGUCCGGAUGCGCGUGAGCGCAACAACUCGGAUAUUUUUCUGAUGUGUCGCUCUAUCACAAAGGGUAAGAAGGGAGCUGCAGCAGACAAAUCGGGCGGCCUUGGAGUGCCAAAGACAACGGUGUACAUUAUGGAGUUGCCUGAGGUCUUUGUCGCAGGCCAAAUUGAACCUCAAAUCGAAGUCCCAGCACCGAACUCUCGUAGUGCGAACGAGUUUAUCCGCCCGUACAUGUCGUUUCACAUUCUUCGUCUGUUCAAGAAAGCGAGCGAUGGAGAACGACUCAAGAUCGAGGAUAUUGCGCGUGCAUUCCCGAAUCAGUCGGGCACUGCUAUCCGUAAGCGUAUGAAGGAGGUAGCUACCUUCGAGCGUGGUGGUAAUGAUUCAGGUUGGUGGAAGAAGAAACCGGCUUCGCAAUUGCAAAGCGAGGAAGAGAUCCGUGCAAGCAUUCCACCUGAGAGUGUGUGUCUUUACGAGAGCAUGAUGUCUGGCCACAGACGGCUGCUUGAUAUUGGACUGACCAAGCUCUUCACACCUUCUGGCGUGAAUGGAGCCAUCAACCAUUUGAUCCGGCGUCUUGAACUGCGCAAGAAUGCAUUGUCGACCCGUCUUGUGCCUGCCAAUCUCGAGAGACGGGCACGAGAGAAGGCGCAGGCCGAACUUUGGAAGAAGGACCCUGUGGUGCGCAAGCUCGAGAAAGAUAUUCAAGUCGCUCGUUAUAUUAACGAGCAGCUGCAGCUUACGCCAUGGAAUUUGACGAACAACUACGUGGAAUGCCACCUGCAGGGUAAAGGCUCUGGCAUGCUGCAACUUGGUGGCAUUGGUGACCCCACUGGUCGUGGUGAAGGUUUUAGUUUCGUCCGUGUGCCUCAGUCCCGUGCCAAGAAGAAAGACGGCGAGGAAGAUGCUGCCCCGACAGCGGAGAGCAAGAUUAGCGCAGAGACUGCUGCUGUGCAAAAGGCUGUGGCUGCCGUCACUGGUACGACGGCCGAUUUGCGUAAGCUGAAAAUGAAGGAGGCCGGUGAUGUGCUGCGCAAUCUGGGUCUGGCUGACGCGGAUAUCAAGAAACUUCGCCGUUGGGAUCGAAUUCAUAUGGUGCGUGAACUUAGUAGUCGUGCAACAGCCCACGGUGUGGCUGGUAGUUUGAGCAAGUUCGCUCGUGGUGCGCGUAAGUCUCUUUCAGCUCAGCAACAAGAGUAUCGCAAGAAGUGUGACGUGAUCUAUGAGCGUCAAAUGGAUGUGCUGAGCUCAACGAAGACGACGUUCUCAUCAGAUGAGGAAUCAGAUGGUGAUGACGAACUGGAUGAGUUGGGUGCUGAUGUCGAGGCUGAUAUCUUGGGAGGCACAGACACAAAACGUGGCCCGAAGAAUCUGUUCCGCAGUGGUGGUGGAGGUCUUAACCGCUCGAAAGAGGUGCUUGCAGAGCGGGAAGACGCUGUGGAGCUGCGUCGCCUUAUGGAGGAAAUGAACGAAGAUGCUGGACCCAGUGCGAGCGCCAAACCGACGAGCGCUGUGCGUCGUCCUGAUGUGGAUACAAACGGCCUGCGUAACCAGCUGCGCGCGAGUGGAAUUAGAGAAGGUGGCACUGGUGCCAGUGGCGUUUCUUCAGUAUCAGGCUUCGGAGCACGAUCAAAUAUGAUGUCUCGUGGUGGUUCGACAGUGUCAUCUGCGCUGGCAACGCCCACCGGCCAGCUAUCGCGAGUAUCUUCACCAACGCAUGGGAGUCGCACACCAGUCCCGUCGGAGCCACCCAGUGUAUCAAAGAAGUUUCCAGGUCGGAAAGUGCUCAAGCGUGUCGUGCGGACCAUUGAAGAGGACGGCAGCGAGACCGUCCGCAUCCAAUUCAUUGUCGAUGAUAAGCAGGUAGCUCGAUUCCGCGCGAUGCAGCAGCGCAAGGACCGUCAACAGAAAUCUGAUGAGCGCAACCAGCUUCGUAAGCGUAAGCGUAUGCUAGCAUUAGAGGAUGAUGGGAGUUUGCUGGACAAGGCUAAGAGACGCAAGCAGCUGCAAGAAGAACUCAAGCAACUAGCCAAGACCGAAGCGCAGAAUAAAGGUUAUCAAGAAAUGCUGAAAAAGGGCGAAUCUGCUGAUGGUGCUGACGGCGACGAAGCUGAUGAUGGUAGUGGCAAAGGAGUUAUUCGCUGUACGCAGUGUCUGCAGGUUGGACACAUGCGCACCAACCGCAGCUGUCCACUGUACAUGGCUGAUGAAGCUCGCUCAAAGAAGUCGGGGUCUUUCUCUGAGAAGCAAGCGAAUGCUAUGCUUGCGGAACCAUUGAAGCUUAAGGUGAAGAAGUCUCCGUCGAUUAUCAGUGGUGGUGACUCGAGUACCAAGAUCACGGUGAACCUCGCGGAGCUGCGUGAAGAUGCACGCAAACACCACGCAGAAAAAAAACGCAAGCGGGAACUGGAGGUGCGCGAGCAGGCAGAGCUGUACAAGAGGCCCUAUGCGAAGGGCGCUAUCAAGCAGAGUCGCUCGCGUAUGCCCGUGGAGUACGUCAAUAAUGCUCUUGAAGUGGUUGUACAGCGGCUGCUCGAAAUGCCAGAGAGCGAACUCUUCCGCUUGCCGGUGGAUGCCAGCACAGUUCCAAACUACUACCAGAUUGUGAAGCAGCCGAUGGAUCUGAGCACUGUUCGUCGCAAGAUCGAGGCGAAGGAGUACGACUCGAUGCGCGAAUUUGUCAAGGACCUGGAGCUGAUCGUCAACAACUCGCGCAUCUUCAACGGCGACCCGACCAAGUCGGUCAUCACAGCGAACGCUCAAAAGGUGCUUCGUCGCGCCCAGGACGAGAUGGCGGUGCUCAAUGCGGAAGGCGGUAUGACUCCAACCACGCCCACUGCUGCAACAACAGCCAUGCUGACGUAAAUGAGCCGACAUUUAUGCGAGAACAAGCAAACGUGACCGAAACACAACCAGAUGCUGUAGUGCGGAAAAAAGUAAAUUUGAAGAUCAUUUCAUUGCGAACAGCAUUGCCGCAUUCGGUUGAACAGGUAGCUUUGGCUUUCACACGACGCGUUCCUUUUUCCAGUGCUCGGGGCUGUUAUCUUGUUCAAAUCAAAGCUACUUAUUGACUUCGAUAUCGAAAUUUUGUCCAAUUAUUGGAAAAUGACCAUCUAGAAAUGUAGCCACUG